GCCUGAUCCAGUAAAGUAUUUAAGCCUAUGCUUGACGUUAAUAAGUGCUGCAGCAGUUGGAAGGAAUGGAUUUGAAGCUAGUCACUCUCUUUGCUGCUUUUGCAUUUGUGGUUGUCCAAACAUCUGAGGCUACUUUAUUUCUGGUAUCCUUUAACUGUUGCACGGAAGUAUCGCACCAUGUACCCAGAAGACUUCUAAGAAAAGUUCUAAAAUUUGAAAUCCAGAAAGAUGAUGGAGUGUGCAACAUACCAGCUGUGAUCCUUCAUGUAAAGCACAAGAAGUUAUGUGUAAGCUCCCAUAAUAAAACCGUUAAGAAAUGGAUGAAAAGGAACAGAAUCACAAAUCAUAGAAGAAAUGGAAAUCUUCAUUCUGAAGAAAAGGAACACCAAAAGGAAAAAUCAAAUUGUGGUGAAGCAGUAGUGUGCUGAAACAACACCCAGGACGGAGUUACCUGUGAAUGCUGCAUUGUGUUCUCUGCAAUAGACAAAUGUUUGGUUAGGAGUUCACAUACAGUGACUGCUCAACAUUUUGCAAUUACAGCUUUAAAAAUAGUUUUCCAAAUGUCUAAAUUCCCAGAGCGAGCAGUGACAGAUGUCAGCUGUACACAUCCUUUACCACCUUUAAUAUGCAUCUUGAAAGGAUCUUGUUCUUUGGGAAUCAUCCUGGCCAGAUAAAGGCAAAAGUUGAUGCAUUAGGAAUGACAAUAUCUUCCUGGCCACACCUUGUGCUUUUUACUCCGCUUCAUCCUCUGAUAUCUCUGUAUUUGUCAAUACUUCUAAUUUCUGACACCCUCUCCUGACUUGGCUUUCAUAUCCUGCUCACUCUCUGACUGCUGCUUUAACAACUUCUUAGGCAGUUUCUCCCCCUCCUCUGCUUAUCUCAGGGUCCUGCCUUUGGCACCCUCCUCUUCCUUAUAUCUUAUCCUUCUCCGCUUGCACAGACUUAGCUAUGAUCUUUUUGCUGCUGGCUCACAAAUUGAUUUCUUCUCAUGUGACCUGCCUUCUCCUUCCCAGUUGUGUAUCUGACUGUUUUUCUGACAUAACGUUCUGGAUGGCCUGCCACCAGUUCAAGCUCAAGAUGACCAAAAAUGACCUCUCUCCCCCCCAUGUCAAGCUUCCUUUGGUUCUAAACUUUCUUCAUUAUUGCUGGCAAUACCACUGUCCUCCCUGCUCCUCAGGCUCAAAAUUAUGGGGUCCAAGAUUCUGCUGCAAAGAUCACCUCCCCAGUUUCAUUACUCUUUUUUCUGAUCAUGUUACUCCCCUCUUCAAGUGCUACCUGCCUACUGUACCAAACUUCCCAUCCUGGCCAUCACAGGCCUGCACCUCUUUGCCCCAGCCUACACCUUUGAUCUUGUUCCUUUUGUCCCACCUCAUCAUCUUAGUAUUGCCAGUGAUACCAGCCUUGCUAGACACGACAUGUCCCUCCUUCCACUGCCAUCUUUCCUGCUGCCUCCUAAUGCGUGGAGCAGCCUUCCAGACUCAAAUCACUAGGUCCUCUCCCUCCUCAUUCAAAACCCUCAUGAAGACUUACUACUUCCACACAGCCUAGAAAUACUAAGCCAUGUCAGUCACACACACUCUUUCUGCCCCAACAUAACGUGAGAGAAGAAGUAAUGAGUGAAGGAAGGUAGAGAUUUAAAAUCAGAUAAGAGCACUAUGCUCAUCAAGGUAUACCUAUAAUGACCCUAAAUUACAAUAAUGUGGUGUUAUAACUCUUUUCUCUCUUUUCCAGUUGUUUUUGUUCUCACUGCAGCACAUCUAAAAUUAGACUGUUAGUUCCUUGAGAGUAGGGACUGUGUAAAGUAC